GACCGGCGAGACACCGUCACCGUGGAUAUCGCGUCAUUAAUCAAAGGCUCCGACUCAAAUGAGUCCACUGCAUCGCCUACCCAGCAGGCUCAUCCGACUUCGACUGCAACAUUUUCGCCGGCAACAACGUCCCCAGGUGAUCCUCCUCCUCUGGCCUCCUUUGCUCCGACUGCCACUUCGGUGCCAGCUUCAGCAUCACGCCCGCCCAGUGGAAGUAAUAAACGCAGCAUGCCGCCUCACACCUCCGAGUCGCCGGCGAAGAAACAAAGCAAGUGGUCUCCGGAAGAGGAUGCUCUCAUCAUAGAGCUCCGGGGCAGUGGGAUGAAAUGGGACGACAUAUCGAAGCGGCUUCCAGGACGGAGCUCCAUCAGUUGUCGUCUUCACUAUCAAAACUAUCUGGAAAGGCGGAGCGAGUGGGACGAAGAGCGCAAGAACAAGCUCGCAAGGCUAUUCAAACCCGAGAUGUGGGCAAAAGUGGCAGAGGAGAUGCAGGUCCCCUGGCGCGCCGCCGAGGCGAUGCACUGGCAGCUAGGUGAGAAUGAAAUGGCAAGGCGGGCAGGCGUGGUUCCAUUCACGCUGAACAUGACUCCGAACGACUCGCAAGGUUCCCACGGCCAUCACCGAAUUUCCCCCACGAGAGGACACGGCCACUCGCAGUCCCAGGGAAGCCUCCCCACCAUUCCGUCUCCACGAUACCACCACCAACACCAACGGGGCCCCGGGCCCGUCCCACCACCCUUGAUCCCACCCCCGAUGGCGACCGGCCGGCCCCUAGCCGUACGACGCGAGAGCCUCCCGCCGAGAUCCUCUUCCGGCAUCGCCCCUGAGCCCCUUGACUACGGCUACGGACAACCGCCUCCACCACCGGGUCCUCCGUUUGGGGGGCUCGCGCCGAUUCAGACGACGAGUCUUGGCCCAGGUCAAGGACGCGGAGGCGUGCUGCCCAGUGUGGCGGAACUGACGACGGGAGUUAGCCCGUACAGCACUCCGGCGUACUCGGUGGGAGCUCCUAGUGCGAGUCCUAUCCACAGCGCCACUGCUAGUCCGGUUCCUUUGCUCCCGCCUUUGGGGUACAGCUCGUCGUCGUCGUAUGGGUAUACGCAUUUGGAAUCGUCGUCUGGGUCGAAGCGGAGGGCUAGUCCUGAUGUAAGCAGGGAGACUAGCAGGCGACGACACAUGUACCCGCGGUCUGAGGAUGGGGAUUACCCGCUUCUUCCGCCUCCGCCUCCGCCACCGAUGGGACUCGGGCAGGUGGCGGCUAGACGGCCGAGGUAUGAGCCAUAA